AUGCGGGCAGAAGGAAUAGAAAGUAGUGAGGAAGAAGAGGAUCGGAGAGAUCGGGGAUGGGGUGUAGCGCUGAAGGAGUUCAAAGAGAUAAGGAGGAACAAGAUUAUGGAGAGCUUUGAAGAUCCUGGAACCUCCCUGUCUAGAAUCUCUUCUUCUGCUGUUGUGGACAGCAGCACUGAACGUCUGAUGCAGGACAAACAGCACACCCAAAGCAGCCUGCUCUGUGACCCGGACUUCUCCUAUGGGUCAGAUCCACGCUCUCCCAGCACCUUACCACAAAACUACGCCACCACUGCUGGUGCCAGCAGCAGGGACAGCCAGCUGGACAGCCUGAUGACGCAGCACUCUGAUGUGGUGAGGAAGAAGGAGGUGUUCCUGGACAACCUGAGGCAGAAGUAUCCUCACCAUGCUGCCAUUAUCAUGGGACACCAGGACCGCAUGAGGGAACAGAAGAAAAUUCCCUGGCCCUCUGAAAGCCCAUCCUGUGCAGGCGGACUGGACUUGGCGGGACAGCAGGACCCCCUGGCUUCAGCGGCCAUGUCUGAUGGAGAGGUGCUGCCCCCCACAGUCCCCUUUACAAGGGGCUGUAAAGCCAGAGCAAGUCUACCUGUGGGGUGGUCGAGUGGUCAGACAAGAGACAGGUUGCCUGGUGUGUUAUACCUGCAGUACGGGGAGGAGACGAAGCAGGUCAGGAUGCCUGCUGAGAUCAGCAGUCAGGACGCUCUGCAGGCUCUGUUUGUCACUGCCUUCCCCCAUCAGCUCACCAUAAAGAUGCUGCAGUCUCCCAACAUGGCCAUCUACAUCAAAGACACCAGCCGCAACGUCUACUACCACCUGGAGGACAUCAGAAACAUCACAUCCCACUCCUGUCUCAAGGUUUAUCAUAAAGACCCAACACAUGUGUUCAAACGCUAUGCCAGGCCUGCCAACACAGAGAUCUCCAAAGAGGUGUUGUAUGGCAAUCACAGUCCAGUCCACACCCUGUCUUCUUCCAGCCGUGGCACCCUGCACAGCCUGCAGGGCUCCAUGUCCCCACCCAUGGUCCGGUCCAUGCCCUCCUCUCCCUCCAGGAUGGCGUAUGGUGGGGGGAAUACAGGGAGGGGGGCAGGGCUGGUGGAUCCAGGAAGUGCCACCUUACCAAGGGAACGCCUGUCAGGUGCGGUGGGAUCCAGCGCUCUCUGCACCAACAGCAGUGCCAUACUGGAGAGGAGAGAUGUGAAGCCUGAUGAGGAUGCUGGCAGCAGUAAAAGCAUGGCCCUGGUGGUGCGUGGGGAAGGAGGACCACAUUACCCAGACUCCUACUGCUCUACCCUGCAGGAUGGAGGCGGUCGUCUCAGCAUCGUCUCCUCCCAAUGCAGCGCUCCCCCCUCUCUCACCGCAGACAUGGUGGAUGCUGGGGUCACAGGGAUCCCAGGGGGGCUGCAGCAGUACCGGGCCUCCAUUAAACCUCUGACAGGCUAUGGAGAGAGUAUGGAGCACCAGACCCGCUCCCUCCACAGUGAACUGGAAUACUAUGUGGAACGUUUGCAAAGAAGCUCCACCUCUACUCCCGGACAGCUGUCAAUCACUCUGAGAGACGUGGAGGAGGGAGCAAUCAACCUGCGAAGGGUUGGGGAAGCUCUGGCCAUCCUUAAAGGUGAGUUUCCAGAGCUGCAGGUCAAGAUGCGCUCAGUGCUGAGGCUGGAAGUGGAGGCGGUGCGUUUCCUAAAGGAGGAGCCUCAUAAGAUGGACUCCAUGUUAAAGAGGGUUAGAGCCCUGACUGAGACCCUCAGUUCGCUCCACAGGUGCGUGUCAGAGUCAACCCCCCAAGCAAGAUCAGCCCAGGUGGAGCCUUUAAAGGUCCUGGAAGCAGAGCAGGGACCCCUGAAGACCAAGAGCCCCCAGAGCUCCCCCAAACCACAGCCUCGAUCCUCGGUCAGACCCCCUUUGCCCCUGGCCCCUCUCUCUGGGAGUCAGGCUGACGUUUGCCUGGGGGGCUCAGCCUCCCCCAUCAUGACCCGCCCAAUGAAGAGUGCAGCAGCCACAGUAAACCACCCUUCCCACCACCACCCAAGCCCCCCACUCACCCCCACCCACGGACGAGACUCACCCACUGUGGCCAAGGUGAGUCCUCGCAGCAGAGAGGGCAGCCCGGCCCUGCAGAAGAGGCCGGGCCCUCUACAGUCUGAUGGAACCAGGAAGCCUGCACCUGCACCAACACAGGAGAGCGCCAUAAAACACACAGAGACACACACUGAGGCUGACGUUUGCCUGGGGGGCUCAGCCUCCCCCAUCAUGACCCGCCCAAUGAAGAGUGCAGCAGCCACAGUAAACCACCCUUCCCACCACCACCCAAGCCCCCCACUCACCCCCACCCACGGACGAGACUCACCCACUGUGGCCAAGGUGAGUCCUCGCAGCAGAGAGGGCAGCCCGGCCCUGCAGAAGAGGCCGGGCCCUCUACAGUCUGAUGGAACCAGGAAGCCUGCACCUGCACCAACACAGGAGAGCGCCAUAAAACACACAGAGACACACACUGAGACAUCAGAGAGACAAACUCCGGAGAGCAGACUGAGUGGAGAAACCAGCAGUAUGGACCAGCCCAGCACCAGCCAAGCCAACCAGUCGGCCAGCUCCAACUCUAGUCAGCCUCCAUCCCCCAACACAAACACAGACUCUGACCAGGUCCUCCAGGAGGCCCAGGCCAGCAUGAUGAAGACCAUCCCUGUGCUGAACGUAUCAGAGACCAGAGAGGGUCACUGUAAUUCAGCCUCUGGAGAGAUCACUUCUGCUGCAACAAAGUCAGAGCCAGACGGACCUCUGGAACUGACAUCACAAGCCUCAGUGGAGCCUGAUCCCCAGGAAGACACACCUCCCAAGCUGACUGAGGGGGCGGACUCCACCCAGUUAAAACCCCUGGACACAGCAUCCGCUGUGGAGUCAUCUCCGUCAGCUGCUCCAUCAGCUACUCCAUCAGCUCCACCCUCAUCUUCUCACAGCAUAGAGCGCAGCAGCCGGCCACAGAUGGAGAAACCCCGCCGCUCCAGUGUGGACAAGGAGAUGAAGCAGAGUCCAGAGAGGGCCCACAAGUCCCCACCUCCUCCUCCUCCACGAAGGUUCCAUUGUGUAAGUUCAGGUGUUACCACAGGAAGGUCAGGAGAGGUGAUUUUCACCAGCAGGAAAGAGCCAGUUGCAGCUCAGGAUGAGGGUGAGAAAGACAAAGAGCCGCCUGUGGUUUCUCAGCCAAAACCCCCAAGACAGGCAUCAGAAGUCAAACCCAAACCCCAGAUAUGUGCUCCUGCACCUCUGGCUGGUUACUCCUCCACCCCUGCUACAGUCUCAGCACACAGGGAGGACGAGGAGGAAGAGGAGGAAGAGGAGGAAGAGGAGGAGGACAACAAAUUCAUGAAAGAGCUGCAGACCUCCAGCAGCAGCUCUAGCUGUUCCGCUCAGCAAUCCCACUCCAAGUCUCGACACGCAGCCUCCUCUGGCUCUCUAGAGAAGACACCUCGGAGCCAGCAGCAGGCCAGCCAGGCUGACGGUAGGAGCAGUAGAGCAGCCGGGGAUAGUAACCGCUCUGUCGUUGCUUUGCGUGCCUCUAAGAUCCCAGCCUUGUGCCAUAGCUCCGGGAAACACCUGUCUGCCGCUCUGUCCACUCCUUACUGCUCAGACACCACCGAUACCCUCCAAGCUUCUUCCACCUCUUCCUCUGGGAAACAGUCUCUUCUGUCUUCUCCUUCCUCCACCCAGUGCUCCAGACAGCAGGCUUUCUUGUCCUCUUCCUCCUUGGUGAAAAACGUCUCCUCGAUUCCUUCGUCAAACUCCCCACCUUGUGCCCCCUCUCUGUCCUCCCCUUCAUUUUCUUCCUCCCCUUCUCACAAGUCUUUAAUCCCGUCUCUGAAUCUGUGUCGUCUGCUCCCUUCGUCUAGCCACAUCUUGUCAUCAUCCCACGCUAACGUCAGCGCGGCCCACCACUGGCCUCGCAGCAGCAGCGAACACCAGCACCACCUCGUCCUCGCCUCCACCUCCACCUCCACCUCCCAACACAGUUACUACUCUUCAUCCUCCUACUCUUCAUCCUCACCCUCCUCCUCCUCUCUCCACGUGGCGAGGAGUGUCCGAACGCCAGCGUCCAAUCCCAGCUCUCCAGGCCGCAGCAAGAAACGCACCGGAAGCCAAGCUGGCCGAGUUCUGCGCAGCUUAAAGGACGCGGCGUGA